AUGAGCAGCGCUGUGUUGCUGACUCACCUUCCAGACCCCAGCAGCAGCUUCAGGGAAGACGCCCCCCGCCCCCCUGUGCCAGGCGAGGAAGGAGAGACACCAUGCCAACAGCCUGCAAGCUCGUUUGUCAUGAAAAGCCAAAGCUUCAAGGCCAUGUCAAUUUCUUCCAACCCAAGGAGGAAUGAGGAUGGUCUUGGAGAGCCGGAAGGCAGUGCAUCUCCAGACUCCCCUCUGGCAAGAUGGACCAAAUCCCUGCAUUCCUUGUUGGGGGAUCAAGAUGGUGCCUAUCUUUUUCGGACCUUCCUGGAAAGAGAGAAAUGUGUGGAUACCUUAGACUUCUGGUUUGCCUGCAAUGGCUUCAGGCAGAUGGACCUUAAGGAUACCAAAACUUUAAGAGUAGCCAAAGCUAUAUACAAAAGGUACAUUGAGAACAACAGCAUUGUCUCCAAGCAGCUGAAGCCUGCCACUAAGACCUAUAUAAGAGAUAGUAUCAAGAAGCAGCAGAUAGAUUCUAUAAUGUUUGAUCAGGCACAGACUGAAAUUCAGACUGUGAUGGAGGAAAAUGCUUACCAGAUGUUUUUGACUUCUGAUAUAUACCUCGAAUAUGUAAGGAGUGGGGGAGAGAAUCCUGCUUAUAUUAACAGCAAUGGACUGGGGACCUUAAAAGUUGUCUGUGGCUAUCUCCCAACCUUGAAUGAAGAAGAAGAAUGGAGCUGUGUGGACUUUAAAAACAAAAUCUUGCCUUCUGUAGUUGGGCUAUCCAGCAAGACUUUGAGGGUUACAGCAAAUGUCAGAGCUACAGAAACGGCUGAGAAUGGAUACAGGUCAUUCAAGAGGAACGAUCCUAUUAACCCAUACCAUGUGAAUUCUGGCUAUGUUUUUGCCCCAGCAACUAGCGCAAAUGAUAGCGAAAUAUCUAGUGAUGCCCUGACUGAUGAUUCCAUGUCAAUGACGGACAGUAGCGUAGAUGGAAUCCCUCCUUAUAGACUUGGGAGCAAGAAGCAGCUCCAGAGGGAAAUGCAUCGUAGCGUUAAGGCCAAUGGUCAAGUUUCUCUACCUCAUUUUCCGAGAACCCACCGUCUUCCUAAGGAAAUGACCCCUGUGGAACCAGCUACCUUUGCUGCUGAACUGAUAUCCCGGUUGGAAAAGCUGAAGCAAGAGCAAGAAACGAUGGAUAGUCUGGAGGAGAGGCUACAGCAAAUCAAAGAGGAAGAAGAGAAGGAGGGAUCAGAGCUACCUGCUAACACGCAGACCAAUCGGGAGGCAGCAACCGCUCCGCAUCAGCAGCACCCGCUCACUCUCCUGCCCUCCGGCAGCUACGAGGAGGACCCGCAGGCGAUCCUGGAUGACCAUCUAUCGCGCGUGCUGAAGACUCCCGGCUGCCAGUCACCCGGCAUGGGACGGCACAGCCCCCGCUCCCACUCCCCGGACCGCCUCCCAGGGGGCAAGCCACAGCCAAGCACGGCGUCGCCCGCUGCCUGCACCCUCAUCAGUAAAGGAUUUAUCACCAAGCAGACCACCAAGCACGUCCACCACCACUACAUCCACCACCACACCAUCCCCAAGACGAAAGAGCAGAUAGAAGCCGAGGCAGCACAGCGGGUCCAGUGCUUCUGUCCUGGGGGCAGCGACUCCAACUGCUAUUCAAAAUGCAAGAGCCACUCAAAAGGGACGGAGCUCCUGCUGGAGCAGUUUGGCAAAACCGGCACGCUGACGAAGAGGAAUGGCAAAGGAAUGGAUGGCGUCGCCCUGCCGGCCGGGGAAGCAGGGCUAUCCGCAGUGCCCGGGCUCCAGCUACCUGGGGGCGAGGCGGAUCGGUCGCAGAACGUCUGGCAGUGGAUGCUGGAGAGCGAGAGACAAAAUAAGCACAAGCCUCAUAGCACACAGAGCACAAAGAAGGCCUACAAUUUGGAGUCCACCAAAGGGAUCCCCGGUGAGCGCCCAGCCCGCCACCACCUGUGGGUGAACAACAAUCACCCACGCGGGGCACAGCCUGCCCACCCGUUUGUCCAGGAUCCCACCAUGCCCCCGCUGACCCCACCCAACACCCUCGCCCAGCUGGAGGAAGCCUGCCGCAGGCUAGCGGAAGUGUCCAAGCCUCCGAAACAAAGAUGUUCAACCUCAAAUCAGCAGAGGGAUCGAAACCACUCAUCUUCUGUUCAGGGGGGAAAUGCCCCUUUUUGCAAUGCAAGUCUAACUACAGAAGAUCACAAAGAACCAAAGAAACUCCCAGUGGUUCAUGCCUCCCAGUCCAGCGAGUUGGUUGUCACUUAUUUUUUCUGUGGAGAAGAAAUACCCUAUAGGAGGAUGUUAAAGGCCCAGAGCCUGACACUUGGGCACUUUAAAGAGCAGCUGAGCAAAAAGGGAAAUUAUAGGUAUUAUUUCAAAAAAGCAAGCGACGAAUUUGACUGUGGUGCAGUUUUUGAAGAAAUUUGGGACGACGACACAAUUCUCCCCAUGUAUGAAGGAAGGAUUCUAGGGAAAGUAGAGAGGAUUGAUUGAUGGCAUCUGUGUUUCUUUAAUGCAACCUAAGCUAAAGAUGUCUUUGGACACACAACAAUAGCAGCAACAACAACAACAAAAACUUUGAAGGAAAGUUUUGAACCAAUGAAGAAGAAAGUGAGGCCUAUGAAGACUUUGCCAAAUUAGCCUUAGAGAAAAAAAAUGGCAUUUAUUAUUCAUGAGUUGGGUACUGAGAUGAUAAAAAACAACAACCCUGAACUAUUUAUUAAAAACAUGACCACUGUUGGGCUAUUGAAGAUGCAGACCAUGUUUGAGAGACUUCCAUACAUAAUAUAUGACUUCCUGGGGAUCUGAAAUCUAUGGACUAAGAGAAACGGUGUAUAUCUUACCUUACCAGUAAUCCUUAUUGAUAUUUAUUGAACAGUCUGUUUUCCCUUAAGUCCAGUUUAUGGAUAUGCUGCUUUAACAAUGGUGAAAAGAGGGGAU